GGAAUAAUUAUCGCACUUUUGGUUUUCACGGUAUCUUUAAUAUAUUUUCUUAGAAAUCGGAUUGUGUUCCAAAGGAUGAUACGAUUAAAUUUUGAUGAAACAUUAAAAAAAUGUGAAAGCCCAGGAUGUGUCAGAUGCAGUAUGUACGACAAAGUUUUGACAGAUGCUACACAUCGUUUAGAAGAUAUGUAUCAACUCGAGACAAAUAAUCACGAUUUGCAACGGAUAAAGAAUUCACUUAAAAAGAAUAUUCCUACAAAUUCUUCACAGAAACCAGAAGUAUUUUACCUAAAUGGUUUGACAGUUAUGCCAUGGUGGACCUCUAGCUUUCACUUUGCAGGUGAUGUGGAAAAAUUAGAAAAUAAUUUCAAGAUGAUUUGUGAAGAAUUUUAUAAGGUGAACUCAAAUCCCUGUGCCUUAUGGAAAGUCAACAACACUCCUGACGGUCAGUGGAAAGUUUUACACUUGGUAAACCAGGGUAAAGUGCAAAGGAACAUGGUAGAUUUGUGUCCAAAUACAUUCAAUAUUGUCUCCUCUCUUCCCUCUGUCAUGACUGAAAAUGUGUUUGCAAAUAUUGCUUUCUCUGUUAUCGAACCAGGAACAGUAAUUACUGAACAUUAUGGUCCCACAAACAUCAGACUAAGGUGUCAUUUAGGUUUAGUAACACCAAAGAGUUGUCGUUUGUGUGUGGCUGGAUCUUGCAGUCAGUGGAGACAGGGUGCAUGUCUCCUAUUUGAUGAUGCCCAUCUCCACAGUGUAGUGCAUGAGGGAGAUCAAGACCAAUGGAGAGCUGUACUGAUUGUAGAUCUCUGGCAUCCAAAUGUGACUAGAUCAGAGAGAUCCAUCAUCAACAAAAUUUUCAAAUUGGAUUAAAAUAUAUCAGAAAAUACUUGAACUGCAUUGUUUUGUUAGUUGUAAGUUGCUGGUAACAAUUCACUUCAGAAACACUGUAGGAAUUUGACCUUUGACUUUAUGCUGUGAUUUUGAUUUUCAGA